UUCUAAACACAAGAAAUUGCUUAGACAGUUGGUUUAGUAUCUGUGUAUGGGCAAUACUCUGUCCUGCAGUAGGCAGCAUGUCAGCUGAAACACCAAUCACACUGAGUAUCAAUCCUCAGGAUCUGCGGGUCCAGACAUUCACUGUAGAGAAGCUACUGGAGCCUCUCAUAAUCCAGGUUACUACACUUGUAAAUUGUCCCCAGAAUCCUUCCAACAGGAAAAAAGGACGUUCAAAAAGGGCCAGAGUCCUUCUAGCUUCUGUGGAGGAAGCAACUUGGAAUUUAUUAGACAAGGGAGAGAAGAUUGCUCAGGAAGCCACAGUUUUAAAGGAAGAACUUACUGGGGCACUUGAGGAAGUUCGCAAAGAAA